UUGUCAACAAUGACCAUGCAACCCUCCAUUAUCAUGGGCAUCAUCUUUUUCUUCCUGUUUAUCGCGAAGCUUGUUAAAAAGAAAAUUUCAACUAAAUCUUACCAACUACCACCUGGCCCAAACCCUCUUCCCUUUCUUGGUUCCAUGAUCCAAUUACUUCAAAACAAACCCAUCUUUAGAUGGAUUCACAAGCUCAUGGACGAUUACAACUCCCCGAUCAUUUGCCUUCAUCUAGGUCCAUCAACCCAUGUCAUUGCAGUAUCUUGCCCAACUAUUGCAUGUGAGUUUCUCAAAACACAAGAUGAAGUAUUCGCUUCGAGGCCAGCAACCAUAUCAGCUUAUUUGAUAAGUAACAACUAUCGUGCAACCAUCAUGUCUCCUUUAGGAGACCAAUGGAAAAUGAUGAAAGGAAUCGUGAAUGACAACAUGCUCUCAUCAUGGGCUCACAAAUGGCUCCAACCAAAACGAGAUGAAGAAGCUAAUCACUUGCUUUGCUACAUAAGCAAUCAAAUUCAAAAAGGAGCACUCGUUAACAUUCGAAUUGCAAGCCAACAUUUUUGUGCAAAUGUGAUCAAGAAGUUGAUAUUUGGGAAAAGAUUCUUCGGGGAAGGACAUGAAGAUGGAGGUCCAGGUGUUGAAGAUAUUGAACAUAUCUCCGCUCUUUUUACCAUCCUAAGGUAUCUUUAUGGGUUUUCCAUCUCUAAUUAUUUCCCAUGGUUGAGAGGGAGAAUAGAACUUGACGGCCAUGACAAGAUCAUGAGGGAUGCCAUUAAAAUUGUUCAAAAGUAUCAUGAUCCCUUGAUCGAUGAGCGAAUACAAGCAUGGAAAAAGGGAGCUAGAAAUGAAGUGAAGGAUCUACUUGAUAAACUAAUAACACUUGACAAUCCAAAACUUACACCUGAGGAGAUUAAAGCCCAAAUUCUUGAGCUAAUGAUUGCCACAAUCGAUAACCCUUCUAAUGCAGUAGAAUGGGUGAUGGCAGAAAUGAUGAAAGAACCUUUGAUCCUAAAACGAGCUGUUCAAGAGAUUGACAAUGUUGUUGGUUGCAACCGGCUUGUUGAAGAGUACGAUGUUCCCCAACUUAAUUACAUAAAAUCAUGUAUCAAGGAGUCCUUCAGGCUACAUCCUUAUGCACCCUUCAACGUUCCACAUCUCGCACUCAAGGAUACUAUUGUGGCUGGUUACUUCAUACCCAAGGGUAGUCAUGUACUACUUAGUAGACUCGGGUUGGGAAGGAAUCCUAAUGUGUGGAAUGAUCCAAUGAGGUUUGAUCCAGAUCGUCAUCUAGGGAUGGCUGGAAAACAAGUGGCUCUUUCUGAUCAUGAGUUGAGGAUACUCUCAUUUAGCACAGGGAAACGUGGUUGUCCAGGAGUGGUUUUAGGAACCACCAUCACUACAAUGUUGCUAGCUAGAAUGAUUCAAGGGUUCAAAUGGGAGACACCACAUAAUGAGCCACAAGUUAAACUUAUUGAAAAUCAUGAUAAUCUUCUCUUGGCUGAGCCACUUAUCGUUGUUGCUAAGCCUCGACUCCCACAACAAAUCUACCCUACAAUUUGAAGAAGUUGAGCAAUAAGUAUGCCUAAAUAAUUAUUGCAUUUUAAGUUAUUGUUCCUUUUGAUUUUAGCGUGCAACUUUAUUUUCUUAUGUUAAGUUAGAGAGUGGAAUAAAGAAAAUAUUCUUAUAAAUAACUAGU